AUGACAUACCACUUGAACAGUAAGUUAGCCUAGACUACUUAGUUUUUGUAGUUGCAUGCUCAAACAUUGGCAUGUUUUAUAUGCUUGAUAGGUGAACAUUUCCAAAUUGAAUAGGCAUAUUACAAUGUAAUAAGAGUAUAACACAUAGCAUACAGAAUUAAUUUAAAUGUACUUAAUUGAAACGUUGUGUAUUUAUAGGCGCAUCCCCAGUGCAGCAUGAGUGCCUCCACUGCUAGCUCAGGUUUAACCCAAACCACCUUGGACCUGAAGCCCCCCCAUCUCAGAAAAAAUAAAAAGAGAGAUAACCGAUGGUAUCGUGGACUUCAUUGCCCUGGACAUGAGGCCCAUUAACCUGACAGAAGGCGUGGGGUUUAAGAUGAUGAUCAAAAUCUUGGUGCCUGGUUACACCGUUCCCAAGAGAGAAACUAUUAUGCAUGCUCUGACUGCGAAAUAUGAUAACACAAAAGAGAAGGUUUUGGAGUCUAUCAAAAACAGCCAGGCUGUAAGUUUUACAACUGACAUGUGGACCUCACUGAGAAUGGAGUCUUACAUGACUGUCACUGCACAUUUCAUUACUGAGGCCUGGAAACUGCAGUGUCUUGUGCUGGUGACAAAAUAAAUGGAGGAGAAUCUCACUGCAGCCAACAUUGGGCAGAGAUGCAUAUGAAAUUCCUGGAUGUAAAAGGGUGGCUGUGGUACAUGAUAACACCGCAAACAUGGUUUUGUGUGCAGAUAUACUGGAGCAGGAAGAGGAAUGGGCAGACGUAAAAGGAGUCAGAUGUGCUGGACACACCUUACAGCUAUGCAUCAACACCGCUCUCAGACAAGAUCCCAUCUGUCGCACUGUGGCUGCAGCCAGACACCUCGUGGCUCAUUUUAAGAAGGGAGCAAAAGCCAGAAAGGGACCGAAGGAGGAACAGAAACAACAAAAGGUGAUUGAACACCUCCUGAUCCUAGACAUUUCCACGCGAUGGAACUCUUUUCAGACCAUGUUAGAGCGUCUGCUAGAACAGAGAUUGCCCGUAACAGCAGUGCUCUCUGACCCCAACUACACUGGGAAAAAUGAACGCUACCGUGAUCUCAACACAGCGCAAUGGAACAUGGCAGAGGACAUUUUGAAUGUGCUGAAGCCGAUGGUCACCCUGACUGAGCUGCUGUCCAAGGAGGACAACGCAUCCAUACCCAUGCUGGCCAACCUGAAACGCUGCCACUUGGCCGUAGUGGAGGAUGACAGCCCCGACACUAAG